AUGAUGGAACGUAAAAUAAGAUUACGGACUGUCAAUGCAGAAAUAACAUGUUCUUUAUGUAAAGGAUAUUUGAUUGAUGCUACCACAAUAACAGAAUGUUUACAUACUUUUUGUAAAAGCUGUAUUGUCAAAUUUCUAGAAGAAAAUACAACAUGUCCCAAAUGCAAGGAGGUUAUACAUCAGAGUUAUCCUUUAAACUAUAUCAGUUUUGAUAGAACCAUGCAAGAUAUUGUUUACAAAUUAGUUCCUAAUUUACAAGAAAAGGAAUAUAAAAGACAGGUAGAGUUUUGUAAAAAGAAAGGAAUUCCAUUUCCACAAAAUAAUACAACAGAAUCAAGUAAAUCAUAUGAACCAAGCAGUAAUAAUACUGAACCUCAAUCAAAUGAAGAUAAAGACUAUCAUAGAAGUGAUGAACAAGUUAAUGUGUGUUUAGAGUGUAAAGGACAAUUAAAAACUUUAAAAAGAAAAUUUUUACGCUUAUCAUCUCAUGCAACAAUAUCACAGUUAAAAAAGUUCAUAGCUUUAAAAAUAUACAAUAAUCAAUCAAAAUACAAAGAUGUUGAUAUUUUAUGCAAUGAAGAAAUAUUAGGUAAAGAUCACACGUUAAAAUUUGUACAAGUCACAAGAUGGAGAAGUAAGGAUACUCCAUUAUUACUACACUAUAGACCUCAGAUUACAAGUUUAUGA